CUAGAACUCCUCCCCGGCAUGCAUUGCAUGCCCAACAUGGAUGAACUGACGGUGGAGGUCCGUGGCUCCAACGGAGCAUAUUAUAAGGGAUUUGUCAAAGAUGUCCAUGACGAUUCACUCGCUAUUGCCUUUGAGAACAAUUGGCAACCAGAGAGACAAGUUCCCUUUAGUGAUGUUCGGGUGCCACCUCCAGCCGAUGGUAAAAAGGACAUCGGGGAGGGAGAAGAGGUGGAGAUCUUCUCCCGGGCCAAUGAGCAGGAGCCAUGUGGCUGGUGGCUUGCCAAAGUGCGCAUGAUGAAGGGAGAUUUCUAUGUGAUCGAGUAUGCUGCCUGUGACGCCACAUACAAUGAAAUAGUCACAUUUGAACGUCUUCGGCCUGUAAAUAUCAACAAGGCGGUGUCAAAGAGCUCCUUCUUCAAGUGCACAGUCCCAGUUCCCGACGACCUGAAAGCAGCGUGCGAAAGUGAACAAGCACAUAAAGAUUUCAAAAAGGCAGUGGGAGCUUGUCGGAUUGUCUACUGUUCAGAAACAAGUAGCUUGGUUGUACUGUCCAUAAAUGAAGCCACAGUUAAGCGAGUGUCUUUGCUCAGUGACAUGCACCUGAGGAGCAUUCGUACUAAGCUCAUGCUCAUGUCCCGAAAUGAGGAGGCCACUAAACAUCUGGAGAGUACAAAGCAACUGGCAUCUGGUUUCCAAGAGGAGUUUACAGUCAGGGUGGACCUCAUGGGCCUUGCCAUUGGAAGCCAUGGAAGCAACAUUCAACAAGCCAGAAAACUGCCUGGAGUCACUGCUAUUGAGCUGGAUGAGGGGAGCGGGACGUUCAGAAUUUACGGAGAGAAUGAGGAGGCAGUUCAGAAGGCAAGGAAUUAUCUGGAGUUUCUUGAAGAUUCUGUUCAGAUCCCCAGGAACUUGGUCGGCAAGGUAAUUGGCAAGAAUGGGAAAGUCAUUCAGGAGAUCGUUGACAAGUCUGGAGUGGUGAGAGUUAGGAUUGAAGGGGACAAGGAUGGCACACAGCCACGUCAAGAAACACAGGGAAUGGUCCCGUUUACAUUUGUCGGCACUAAGGAGAAUAUUGGGAAUGUCCAGGUACUUCUGGAGUACCACAUUGCCUACCUGAACGAAGUCGAGCAGCUGCGUAUGGAGAGACUGCAGAUAGACGAGCAGCUGAGGCAGAUUGGGAUGGGCCACAGGCCUUCAUCUGGCCGCCCAGCAGACAAGGGCUACACCACAGAUGACAGUGUGGCUGCUACCGCCGUGCACACCAGCCGCUCCUACACCGGCAGAGGCCGCGGACGCAGGGGCCCCAACUACACCUCCGGCUAUGGCACAAACUCUGAGCAAUCCAAUGCCUCUGAGACUGACUCGGAGCGUAAGGAUGAGCUGAGUGACUGGUCCCUGGCGGGAGAAGAACCGGAGAGGGGGACUCAACAACAGAGAGACAGCAGGAGGAGAGCUGGUCCAGGGAGGGGUAGAGGGCCCAGGGGCCGUGGAGCAGGCAGAGGAGCCCCCAACACCGCUCUGAAGGAUCCUUAUGGCAACCCAUACAGUGUGCUUGACAACACAGAGACAGACCAGACGGCUGACACUGAUGCAAGUGACUCCAACCUCAACACAAACCGCCGCCGCCGCUCCCGCCGCCGCCGGACUGAUGAGGACACAACAGUCAUUGAUGGCAUGAGUGAAUCAGAUAACGCUUCCCUCAGUGAGAAUAGCCUUGAUGACUCAAAAGCUAAACCACAACGGCGUAACCGUAGCAGCAGACGCAGUGUCCGCCCACCAGAGGAAAAGCAACCAGUUACAGUGGCAGAUUACAUAUCCCGUGCUGAAUCACAAAGCAGACAGACUAACCAAAAAGAACUGAAAAAGAACAAAAAAGAACUGGGGCAGGUUGAGUGUAUCGCGGAGCACAGCCUAUCUGCAGAAGCAAAUACAAGCAACGGACCCAGCAAUGGAAGAGGUGACGAACCAGGCAGGGCUUCCACAGAACAGGUUGCCAAAGUCACUUACCAAGGGAAUGGUGACCAGCAGCCUGUCCUGAACGGAGUUUCCUAAUCUAUGAAUCCACUCAAACUCAUUAAUUGUACUACAUUUUUACAAUAGUUAUUGUACAAGCUUGCCAAAGAUAGUCAUGGACUUCCAGAUUCUCUACUGCACUUUUCAGUUCCCUCAACAUGGGACACAGAGAUUUAGCACUGAACCCGAGACAUAAGAGUAUGUUUCAAGUACAUGAUCUGAUGUUGUGCCUUGAGAAUAGAUUCAACAUAGUUAGUUGCCUGGCUGUAGUAAACGUUUUGUCAGUGAUGGCAAAGAUAGGAAGAAUCCAGUUAUCCUAAUAUUUGUUGAGUUAGCUGCUUUUUGUUACAUUUUAAUAUGCAACCACUUCUUCAUACGAGGAAAUGCAGUCUGGAAGAGUUUUGCACUGAAUUGUAAUUUAUUUUCCAUAAGAAUAACAUUAGUCUGGAAACUGGUCUGUUAAUGUUCAAUGUCCUUUUUUUUUCUUUUUUUCUGAAUGACACUCCACAUAGUAGUGAACCUGUAUGCUGAAAUGCACCCACCAGAGGCUGGAAUUAUGGUGGCAGUAACUGGUCUCAUGAAGGAGCUUUAUUUGGUUUAUCAAGUGUACAGUAUUUAAAAAGCUGUUAUUCCUAACACUGGCUGAAGACCGUAUUUUCAUGCAGGUGACAAUUUGGACUACUGAAAGAUUAGUUCCCAGAUGUUGGUUUGGUAAACUACAAUUCUGUUUUUUUAUGCUCAUUCUGGUUUGAUGUGCAAUAUGUUUUGUAUGCCGGUAGUUCUUAAAUAAAACCCGAUCUUCCAUUUAGAUCCAAAACCA